UCCUAAGCGGCCGGCCUCGGCCGGAAGUCGGAAGGGCGCCGUCUCCGCUAUGGCGGGCGGUGGGCCGAUUUGUUACGCGCUCCUGUGCGGUCAGGCGGCGCUGUUGCUGGGCAACCUGCUUCUGCUGCAGGGGGUCUCCCGGACCCACCAGCAGAACGCCACCGAGAGCCCCUCCGGCGCCGGCGCUCGAGAGGCAGAAGGGCAGCAGCGGGCCCCUCACGCAACCCCCGCCAGCCUCUGGGAAUACCAAGGCCCGUACGCGCCGCUGAUUCUCUGCGACCACCUACCUGAAGAAUUCAUAGAAUGUGAGGCUCCUGUGGACCAUAACGGAAAUAUAAGCGCCCGGGAUGAAUUAGGUUACGGCUGCCUCAAGUUUGGCGGCCAAGCAUACAGCGACGUCAGCCACACGCGAGUCCUUUGCAGGGCAUUGGAUGGCAUCGAGUGUGCAGGACCGCGGACCUUUCUGCGUGGGAGAAAGCCGUGCAUAAAAUACACUGGACACUACUUCAUUACCACUCUCCUCUACUCCUUUUUCUUGGGCUGCUUUGGAGUGGAUCGCUUCUGCCUGGGCCACACAGGUACAGCUGUGGGGAAGCUCCUGACUCUCGGAGGACUUGGCAUCUGGUGGUUUGUGGACCUGAUUCUUCUAAUCACCGGGGGACUCAUGCCCAGCGAUGGGAGCAACUGGUGCACCAUUUACUGAUUAGCAUUUUGGUUGGACUUCAAUGCCGAAAGGAGAAAGCGAGGGGCAGCCUGGCUUACGUGACCUACCGCUUGAGAGAAGUUCCACGGAGACCAAAGAGACUGGAGGUGGUGUAUUUAUUUUCCCGUGGAACUGGGAUGGGGGUUGAACAGGAACAAAAAAAAUGCCAACCAUGAUUCCUGCGGUAUAUACCUCACUGUUUAAAAGUUGCUCUCCUCCUUAGAGGAAGACUGUACAUUUAUUUAUGAAUCCCAUGCCGUUUUUGAAGUGUCGCGUUUCUCCGCUCCUGUAUUUCAGCUUGUGCCAUGAUAGUUGCUGUAGAUGCGUGCACAGCUCUGGGUUCUUAUUGCUGUGAGUUUAGAAGUUUUCAAUAAUCGGUCCACUUGGCUGGAAUUAGCUGGCAGGAAUUUGCAAGGUUUAAGGUUGUACUAAAAGAUGGCGAGGUUUAUUUACUUUAAACUUUAGGAGAGUGGCACUCCUUUCCCCCUUAGAGGGCAAGCCAAAAGUCCUUAAAUGAAGUCCCUCUUUAUCUCUUUGUGCAUAGAUAAUCUACGACAAUCCUUCUCCGUUCUUAAAUCUCACUUUACAGUAGAGGUAUGGAGAAGCAAGAGCACCUUUCCUUAGGUGCUCAGUUGUAACUUAUUGAAAGUCAACCCUAAGCAUGUGCUUAUUAACUCAAAAAGCAGCAUCCCUGAUGCCUUAAACCAGGGUUGGGGAUCCAUGGCCCUUCUAUGACACAUGGACUUCAACUCAGUGGUGAAAUGCAAAAAAUUUUGCUACUGAUUCUGUGGGCAUGGCUUGGUGGGGUGUCAUGUGACUGGGUGGGUGUGGCUAACUAAUUUUUUUUAACUUUUUAAAGCAUUUUUUACUACCUAUUCACCCAAACCGGUAAUUAAAAAAAAUGCUUUAAAAAAGUAAAAAAAAAAAAAAGUUCCGACAAUCGUGCAGCAGAGCUGUGAUUGUAGGAAGCUUUUGUUUACUUUUUAAAGCAUUUUUUUUACCACUGGUUCAUCCAAACCGGUAGUUUUUAUCACUACCGGUUCUCCCGAACCGGAGCGAACCGGUAGCAUUUCACCCCUCCUUCAACUCCCAGAAUUCCUGAGCUAGCCUGGAAUUCUGGGAGUUGAAGUCCCCAAGUCAUAAAAGGGCCAUGGCUUCCCCCCGCCAAACAGUGACAUAUCUCCCCCCACCUUAAGAGAAAAUCGUCAGAGACAGAUUUUUAAGACAAAUCAGUCAUUCUGAAAACUAAACACAGAAGCUCUUAGUUUCUUAAAUCAAACCUCCACAUUUAGAAUCCACCCAGUUUUGGACCAUGCGAAAAUAAUAGAUAUCGUCAGAAAAACAAUCCAUCUAAUAGCGGUUGCAUGCAACAGGAUGAAGUUCCCCUUUUUUAGUCUGUGACGUUGUAUGGCAGUUUAUAGGAUAAUUUAUCUUUCAAAAGCUGAAAUCAAAAUGUAUUCCUUUUUGCAGUAUAACGAAACGUGAUGGACGGCUGAACUUUCCGGGUGUUGCAUAAUAAGAGUAAAAACUCUCAAAGUGA